AACCGGCUCUAGACCUCUCGUGGAGUGUUUAUCGUAAUAUUACCAUCAUAUAAAAAUGGUUUGCUCGAUAAGCUAGAAGCUCGCUGUAGCGCUUUACGAGCUUUCGUUUAGUUCAAUUUGGAACGUGCCGCUACGGAUUUGGCGCAAUUGCUCCAUAAAGGGACGAAUAUUGGAAACUGUAGCUUUUACGGUAUCGUGGUUUGUUGGUUUCACCAUUCUUCAUGAAGGGUGCCUAGAUCCUGAGGAAUGUUGUGGAUGCUUCCAAUUUUGUGAACCUUAUCUUUUGUGAGGAUCAUUAAGCCCCACGGGAUGCUAAAGCCCAUCACCUUGGAUCGAGAAGUGUGGUUCGUGAGCUACUUUUUGGGAACUAUUUGGAGAAAUCUAAGCACUCAACUUCAUUUCUGAAGGGCUUACCAUCCUCAAAUUGAUGGGCAAACCAAGAAAGUCAAUCAAUUUUUUGGUGACAUUCUUCAUUGCUUAAGGACCAAGACAAUGAAACAUUAUCAUAUAGUUCGGUCCAACUUUGCCUAUAACUGAUUUAAAUGUCGCUCAACUCAAGAGUCUUCUUGAUGGAUAGGAGAAUGACGAUGCAUUAAAAUCCCACCCAAUGGCCGCUUGCAGCAACAGCUAGUGGAUGAGCAGAAGCAUCAAAUCCGAGUAUUAAUUGCACCCACCUCUAAUCCACUUCAAAUGGAUGCUUAGGCAAUAUAAGCGCUUGUAUUAGGAAUGUUUUGGCGCUGCUUUAUUCCAUUUGUUCUCAGCUGAUUAUUUUCUUAAGGGAUUUCUCUUUUAUGGAUUAUUCAUUUUGAUCGAGCAUAAAGAAGGGAGACAAAAAACAUUUUUGAAGGAAUUUGGAUGUGAAACUCGGCUUAUGGCUGAAAAGGUGAUGAUUCGAGCAUCAAAAUGGGAUGUGGCCACAGAAGCUCACGUAGAGACUGAAAUCAAACAUGACUAUGCUCUGCCAGCAAAAAUUGAUUCUUUUUCAGAGUUUGUUGAACUGAAUCAUGAAGGUCAUGAUUCUGACCAAAUUUUGACGUGCCAUGAUGUAGAACCUUGCAUUCCAAUAAAUGUUGUAGGAACACAUUACGGGGAGACUGAAAUCAAGCAUGACAAUGCCCUGACAGCAACAGUUGAUGAUUCUUGUAUAGAUCUCCCAGAACUGAAUCAAGAGAGUCAUGAUUGUAGCCAAAUUUUGAGGCGCUCUGAAGCAGAAGCUUGUCUUUCUAUGAAUAUGGAUGGCUGUGAAACAGAUAGAUUAGACUAUCAGUCUGGACAGGUGGAAAACAACAAUGUUACGCAUUUAGAUGAAUUCUGUGAAAAUGCCCCAAAGUCCAAGCAGCUUGAUCUGGACGGUGAUUGCAAAGAUGGUUUCAAGAAGCGAGAUUUGGAACUUGUAUCUAAUGACCAAACCAUGGAGUAUUCUGAGCAUCAAGAUAAACUUCUGAAAGGGACUAAUGCCAUGUCACCUGUUCCCGAGGAAAGAAGGCAGGGGAAUCACAACAUUUACCCAACUGAUGGCUGGGGCUCGUCAGGCAGGUACUUAUCGAAGGUAGAUGAUAAGAAUAGUAAUGCAUACUUCGACCUUCUGCACACUGGCCUUAUGGGGCAUUUGGCACGAAUCAGCAUUGUAUGCCACUGAAUUCUUCUGACUUUGUUUUCGUUUGG